AUGAUGCCUGGGGGCUUAUCCGAGGCCAAGCCUGCUACUCCAGAAGUCCAACACAUUGUUAAUGAGGUGAAGCCACAAUUUGAAAUCAGGGAGAACAGGACAUACGGCAUCUUUAAAGCCAUAGUAUAUAAGACUCAGGUGGUUGCUGGGAUAAACUACUUUAUUAAG